GUUCUCAAAUAAUUAAUUUAAUUGUUGAUUUCUUACAAAUUCUAAGUAUUCUAGCCUAGAAACUGUAUUAAAGUAAAAUGAAGAAAGUUGUUUUGAAAUUAGAGGUAUAUGAUGACAAAGGGAAACAAAAGGCUAUGAAAGCUGUCUCUACUCUCUCAGGGAUUGAAAAUCUAUCAAUUGAUAUGAAAGAGAAGAAAUUAACAAUAGUAGGAGAUAUUGAUCCAGUUGAAGUGGUGAGAAAAUUGAAGAAAACAUGGCAUCCAGAAAUAUUAACAGUAGGGCCAGCAAAAGAGCCAGAAAAUAACAAAAAUGAUCAAAGUGGGAACAAAAAUGGAGGAAACAAAAAAGAAGAGAGUGAUCAAGUUUCAGAACUUGUAAAACUUUACAAGAAUUAUAAUCCUGAUAUGACACAACAUUAUAGGGUCUAUAGUAUAGAGGAAAAUCCAAAUGCUUGUGUUAUUUGUUAAUUAAUUUAAUGUAUAUAAAAAGAACGUUCCCAUUGGUCAAGGGCAUCCCGAUAUAUAAGGCGUUCCGCUUUUACGUAGGGUUCGAGGAAGGGUCGCACCCGGAGGGGUGUAGUGUAGAUAAUCUAUCAUAAUGUAAGUAUUAAUGACUGCUUUUACGACUCAAACCCGUAACCAAUAGGUUACGCGAUUACAAUUUUACUGUUGCUC